CCCGGGUGGCGGGCAGGGACGGGAGCGCGGAUGCCGAGACCCAGGCCCGCGCACGCGAAAGAGCCGCGCUGCGGGCCCGGCCGGGCGGCCGACACGUGACCGGGGCGGCGGGCGGCGGCUUCCGCCUGGUCCCGGCGCGCUCCCACUGAGCUGCCGCCUCCCCGCAGGCCCGGCCGGAGGUCUGGCAGCCAGCGACAGAGCCGGGCGCUCACGGCCCGAGCGUCCCCAGCAGCACCAUGCCUGCACUUCUGGAGCGUCCGAAGCUGUCCAACGCCAUGGCCAGGGCGUUGCACCGACACAUCAUGAUGGAGCGGGAGCGCAAGCGGCAGGAGGAGGAAGAAGUGGACAAGAUGAUGGAACAGAAGAUGAAGGAAGAGCAGGAGAGAAGGAAGAAAAAGGAGAUGGAAGAAAGAAUGUCACUAGAGGAGACCAAGGAACAAAUCUUGAAGUUGCAGGAGAAGCUUUUAGCUCUACAGGAAGAGAAGCAUCAGCUUUUCCUGCAGCUCAAGAAAGUUUUACAUGAGGAAGAAAAACGGAGGCGAAAAGAGCAGAGUGACCUGACCACUCUGACAUCAGCAGCAUACCAGCAAGGCCUGACAGUUCACACCGGAACUCACCUCCUUAGCAUGCAGGGGAGCCCUGGAGGACACAAUCGCCCAGGCACCCUCAUGGCAGCUGACAGAGCCAAACAGAUGUUUGGACCCCAGGUGCUUACGACCCGGCACUACGUCGGCUCAGCAGCUGCUUUCGCAGGGACCCCGGAACAUGGGCAAUUCCAAGGUAGCCCGGGUGGUGCCUAUGGGACUGCUCAACCCCCACCUCACUAUGGACCCACGCAGCCUGCCUACAGUCCUAGUCAGCAGCUCAGAGCACCUUCCGCGUUUCCUGCAGUGCAGUACCUGUCUCAGCCACAGCCACAGCCCUAUGCCGUGCACAGCCACUUUCAGCCCACCCAGACAGGGUUUCUCCAGCCUGGUGGUGCCCUGUCCUUACAAAAGCAGAUGGAACAUGCUAACCAGCAGACUGGCUUCUCUGACUCAUCCUCCCUGCGUCCCAUGCAUCCCCAAGCUCUGCAUCCCGCCCCUGGACUCCUGGCCUCACCCCAGCUCCCUGUGCAGAUGCAAGCAGCAGGAAAGUCGGGCUUUGCAACCACCAGCCAGCCUGGCCCUCGGCUCCCCUUCAUCCAGCACAGCCAGAACCCACGAUUCUACCACAAGUGACCAUCAGAUUUAUCUUCAGCCUUGGCCCCAACCUCUGCCCUUGGGGAGGAUCCCCCGUGUCCCAGUACCAGGCCAAUAAAAUCUACCUGCCACUACCCCUGGCUGCUGUCUGUGUUGCCUCCCACUGGACUGUUUAGAGGGUGGGCAGUGGCUGGCAGGAAUCACAGAGUGACAGCAGGGUUGGUUGUAAUGAACUCAGCAGCAGAGUUCAUUCAACCUAUACUCUUCAGAUUUCCAAAUAAAUACCCAUUUAAUUCGAAAAAGCAGCUGAGUUGGGGACUUCAUAUUAAACUUGUAGUUUUAUUCAGGUUUGAUUUUAACAAAUGUGUCGGGGAGAGAGCCCGCAGGAAAGGAUGAAGCCCAUGGGAGCAGGGCCCUCCCAGAUGCCUGAGGAGGGGGCAUGUCCCCUCCCCUCUCCUCCUCUUCCCCUCCCCAUCUUUAGAUGGGGAGAGACAUAGGCAGGGGAGGGGGCUGGUCCCCAGUUUGUGGGGGUGGUGCUUGGGAUAGAAGACUAUGGAGGAAAUAAGGGGUCAGAUUAGGUAAGAGUUGGGGAAGGGCACAAGGACCAUUUGCCAGAAUCCACAGCUUUCUGAUUCCAGAUUGAAUUU